AAAACACUUUUUAAUCAUAAAAUUCUUGCUCUGGUUCUCUUAUGAAAGAUGAUUGGGCAUAUUUUCGUAUUUUUUCUUGUUAUGAUUGCCUGCCAUGCAUCAGAAGACGCAUCUCAAUAUACACAAACUGUUUUCCGGAAGUUGAGAGAAAAAGGUGAGGCUCUAGCAGAAAAAGAUGUCAUUUCAAGUCAUGUCACUCGCAAUCUAAUGGAAUGUUCUAUGAUAUGUGCUUCAUUGCAGCAAUGUGUUGGCUUUAACUACCUUGACAAUGUACAAGAACAUUUGAUUAACUGUCAAACCAGCAACAAGACAAUAAGUAAUGUCUCAAAAAUUGUAUCUUCCGAAGCAAAUUGGAUUUUUUAUCAAACUUCAAAGAUAAAAGAACCUGCAGAAAAUGAAAAUAAUUGGAUAGUCCUAAGCGACACAAGUAUUCUAAAAGAUAAAAAUGAUUGGAUAGUACAACUCAAACAAUGGCUUCCUUCGACAUUGAAUGACAAAAAGGCGGUCCAUUGUUACCAGGCAACAGUAAAUGGAUGGAAGGGAAGCACAUUUCCCCAACGUUGUGACAAUAAAGGACCGACACUGGUUGUUGUAAAAGUUGGAACUUUUGUCUUUGGGGGAUUUGCUUCAGAAUCUUGGAAAGGAGGCCACCGUUUCAUAAGAGCAGAAAGGUCGUUUAUUUUUUCUUUAAAAAACAAUGAUGGUCUGCCACCAUUUAAAUCCGAAGUUGUCAAACCACAAUAUGCAAUUUACGAUUAUUCUACCCGUGGACCCAUAUUUGGAGGUGGUGCUGAUUUGUACAUUCAUGAUAACGCCAACUCUAAUAACAAUUCUUACUCAAGAGGGUUUGGAAAUUCCUACAAGCUUCCAAAUGGUUAUACUUUGGGCGACUCCAAAACACGAAACUUGUUAGCAGGUUCCUCUUCCUUCACACCAGAUGAAGUGGAGGUGUUUUACUUUUCUUCAUAAAUAAACUAAACAAGAAAGAAUCGUAUGAAAAUAGAUCGAAUUCUCAGCUUUAUCAUAGCAAAUUAACAGUAGUUUUUUGCUUAUGGAAGUAGCAUAGUGUGCAAAUUAUUUUGUGUAGCAAUUUUACUGUAAUAUCAAGUAAGUUUGAACGUGUAAUUAUGGAUUAUUUAGAGUUCAAUUUUGAACGACAUCAGCAUCGUAGGUGCAUGCAUUCCAGUGCUUCCCCAGUCAAAACGUCAUGAUUGUGAGGCCUGUUUUUUGGAAUGUUUCUUUGCAUGUAAAUUGUCUAACGUUCUUGGAAAUUGUAAUCAUUGUAAGGUUGUAAUAUACCUACCUAUAAAGCAAGUUCUUUAGCUAAAUAUUAUGCAGGAGGAUUUAUUGUUGUAGUAAAAAUAUAUUUAG